AUGGAGGCCCAAUUCACAAAUGGUAAUAUCACGCGUGACAAUGCAAAGUACAAUCAUGUGAUAGCUUCUCUUGACCCUAAGUAUUUGGCGACUGUUUCCGAUUUAGUGCGCAAUCCGCCCGAUACAAAUAAAUACGAAUCAUUGAAAACUCGUUUAAUUAGUGAAUUUACCGCGUCUGACCAAAGGAAAUUGCGCGUUUUGCUGACGGAAAUUGAACUUGGUGAUGACAAACCAUCACAAUUAUUGCGCAAAAUGAGAGAAUUAGCCAAAAACUCGCUGAAAGACGACGCAUUAAGAUCAUUAUGGAUUGAUCGUUUGCCUGAAUCGGUCAGGGCAGUGGUAGCAAUUUCCAACGAUGAUCUCAAUACCUGCGCGACUCUAGCAGACAAAAUUGUCGAAUUGACAGCACCCAAACAG